AUGAAGCCUUCUCAGCAGUCCGACAGAAACAUGGAAGCAAAGUGUGGCAUUUUGAGACCAGAGAGUACCACUUUCUCUGAGGACAAUAAUUCUGAUAGUAACAUUGAAGAUGUGGUUGAAACAUUUCCCAAACCAUCACCCUGGUUUGAGGGCAUCUGUCAGCCUGCCUUCCCAUCACUUGAGCCUGUUCCAAAACUUCUCAAGUCUGUAGCAGGCCUUGGUCCUGCAAAGCAGAGUGUUUCUGAGAGCCUUCCACAGAAGUAUGUGGGUCAUUUGCCUGGAACUGCUGGUCAAAGAGAAAAAAAGACAUUAAAUGAACAAAUAGAAGAGUCUCCUGAGAAAUAUCCUAAUGUGAAGCAGGCCGUUGGAGUGAAAGAUUCUGUUCCUAAUAAAGCAGUCAGAAUAAAGGAUGCACAGACAUCUAAUUCAGACUGGGAUUCGACUACUUUGAGCCUCAAUAGUGAGACUUGUCAAAGAGCCAGGCAUUUGAAAGUUGAUGAUCAGCGUCCGUUGGUGUCCCAACUGGUGACCAAAAGUCAGUCAGCACCCACAGAACUCGGACAGAAGACCGCAACAGAUAAAGAAAAGAUGAAAAAUGCAGCGAUGUUUCUGGUAGGGAAUUCCAUGCCCCAUCACCCGGGCCAGUCUCCGCUGCCAGAAAACAGGGAAAGCAAACAAGAUUUGUCAGGAGAACUAGACAUGGAAGAACAAGAAAAACUUCAUGGAAAUGAAAAUAACCAUUCACAGGUUGAAGAAGAAAAGAGGCACAAAAGUAGAGAAGUGGAAGUAUCAGACCACGUAUGCGAUGCUGCUGAUGAGAGUCAAUUGAUUCAGCAGAGAAAGAGUGGAGGAAAUAACAAGCAGGAGUUUCCUGCUAUGGAGAAUAAAGGUUCUGAUGGUUUGAGGACUUCUUUCAGCAUUUCUUAUGAGGCGAGACUAGUGGUGAUGAACUCCCUCAGUAGCGAUCCUGGCAUGCCCAGGAAGAAGAUAGAGAAAAAGAAAAAUGACAAAUGGACACCAGAAGAAUGUGUGAUUGUACCAGUAUUUGAAAAGACCAAUUCACUGACUGAUGGGCUGCUGCACGUGAAGGAUGACAGCAUUUUAAGGAAAGUGUAUCAAGAUGACAGCAGGCCUGCAAGGGAAACAGCAUAUGAAAAGAAGAAGGUUUCUGAUAGUGGUAGAAAGGCAAAAGGUCUGUUGCGCAAAAGCCACAUGCAGGAUGAAAUUGCCAUGCCAAGAUUAGAAAUAGACACAGGGAAAAAUCAGAACCAGGAGAAAGAAAAGAAAUGUUUUGAGGGUACUGAAAUUGUAAAAGGAGAGAAUGAUUAUCCUCAAAAGGCAAUAAAAUUGAACAAGGAAAUGUUGACAAAGGCCAUAUUCCAGCAUCCUGGCCAGCUUACCAUUCCGGUAGCUGAAAAUACAAUGCUAAACCCUGAGCUGGAGAAUGCAAAGCGAAGCAAAGAAAGACUGGAAACAGAAGUGGAAUCCUACCACUCUAGACUGGCUGCUGCCAUACACAAUCGUGAUCAAGGUCAGAUAUCACAAAGAAACCUGUCACUUGCCUCCCAGAAAGCAAAAGACAAGACGUUACGCUUGCAGGACCCAAUGAAGUUCGAUAUGGCUAAGCUGAAAAGUGACAAUGAGAUGCUUUCCCAGGGACUUUCUAAAGUGGAAAAUCAAUUCAAUACGCUAAAAAUCAAGCUGCAUCAGACGAGAGAUGAUCUCGGAGAAAAGACUUUGAUGUUAGAACCUGUCCAGAGAGACUUACUCCAAGCAGAGCAUCAAAAGCAGGAUACUGGACACAUGUAUCAGAUUGAACAAGGCAAAGUGAAGGAAUAUCUUGGAAAGCAGGAAUCCUUAGAGGAGAGGUUAUCUCAACUCCAGAGUGAAAACAUGUUGCUCCGACAGCAGCUGGAAAAUGCACAAAAUAGAGCUGACAGUAAAGAGAAGACAGUCAUUAGCAUCCAAGACCAGUUUCAGCAGAUCAUGAAAAAUCUUCGUGCUGAACAUGAGAAACAAGGUCUGAUGCUGGAGGAAAGAAACAAGGAUUUAAUCAACAAAUGUAGUUAUUUAGAAGAGAGUGUGUGUCAGUAUGAAAAUAAGAAAGCAGAAAGAAAAGCAGUUGUGAGACAACUUUGGCAAGAACUGGCUGAUAGCCUCAAAAAGCAGUCUGCGUCAGAGGCGUCCCUGGAGGUCAUGUCACGUUAUCAUGCGAAGUUAGAAGUUGAGGCACGGGAUUUAAAGAACUUACAUCAACUCACAAGUCAGUCUCAAGAAACACAGGAUCAACAUACAGAGGCCGUGAGAUGUGCUGAAAAAACACAGGAUCACAUCCAAAAGCUUGAAAUUGAAAAUGCCGAGUUACAAACGACAGUCAAAAAUCAAGCGGGCGAAACUGAACAGCUUCAGAAAAACCUCUUAAGUAUAAGAUUGACUGAUGAUCUUCCAGCAGAGCUGGAAACUGUAUGUUCACAGUGUCUGCACAUGAAUGCAAAAAUUCAAGUUCUUCGAGAGGAGUUAUUAUUCAUGACAGGAAUGCAAAAGAAAUGUGCAGAACUAGAGAAGAAUAAAAAGAAGCUGGAGCAAAAGAUAGUGAACGUCAAAAGUCAUAUAGAAAUGAAUACGACAGAACACAGUCAAGUAGAGCAGUAUAAACAGGAGAUUGAAGAAAGAGUGAGACAGAAUCUACUAGAGAACUUAAAAGAAGUCAACAUGGUUUUACAGAUACAAGCAGCGUCUGAAAAAAUCUUAGAGCAGGCACGAGAGGAGCAUAUUGCUUCCUUAAGAAGUCAGAUGGAACUCAGAAUUAAAGAGCUGGAAUCUGAACUCUUCAAGCUGGAAACUUCUCAAGCAGAAUUGGAAAAAUAUAAGAAACUCUACCUAGAAGAACUAAAAGUUAGAAAGUCAUUGGAAAACAAGCUAGACAAAUGCAGCGGGAGUUGGACAGGCGUCUAA